AUGGGGAUUGAGGAGAAGAAAUACACCACAUUCCUAAAAAUCUCCCCUGUCGACAUGUGGCUCUUCUCUGUUCUCUGCUUACGGUUUUCAACGUACAAGGGGACACAGUGUGAAGGCCCUGUAACCUCUGAGUAUAGACAUAGUGGGGGAGUAAGGCGAGGAACAGAACGCCCGACACCGACAACCAGCAAACCGACACCGAUAGCCCGACAACCCGACAACCCCACAGCCCGAUACCAUCUCCCCGACAACCGGAAAGCCCGACAGCCCGACAACUCGACAACUCGACUCCCCGACACCGAUAACCCAAUUCCCCGACAACCCCACAGCCCGAUACCAACUCUCCGACAACCGGAAAGCCCGACACCCGAUACCAACUCCCCGACAACCGGAAAACCCCACAAUCCGACAACUCGACUCCCCGACAAACCCCUACAGCCCGGAAAAACUCCCCGACACCCCGACACCGAUAACCCGACUCCCCGACAACGCCAUCUCUCCCCGACAACCCCACAGCCCAAUACCAACUCCCCGACAACCCCACAGCCCGAUACAACUCCCCGACCCGGAAAACCCGACACCCCGAUAAACCCGACUCCCCGAAACGCCAUCUCUCCCCGAACAACCCCCACAGCCCAAUUACCAACUCCCCGGAGCCACAACCGACAGCCCGGACAACGCCAUCUUCUUCCCCAACAACCUCACAGCCCGAUACCAACUAACUCCCUGACAACCGGAAAACCCGACUCCCCGACAGCCCCGACUGCCCGAUACCAACUCCCCAACUCCCCGACAGCCCGACAACCCGACAACCCGACUCCCCGACAACCCGACACCGACAACGCCACAGCCCGACAGCCCGACAGCCCGACAACGCCAUUUCUCCCCAACAACCCCACAGCCCGAUACCAACCAACUCCCCGACAACAAGAAAACCCGACAUCCCCGACAGCCCGACAACCCGACACCCCGACUCCCCAAUUCCCCGACACCGACACCCCCGACAACCCGACUCCCCGACAACCGGACACCCCGACUCCCCGACAACCCGACUCCCCGACUCCCCGACAACGCCACCACACGGCCGACUUCGCAACUACGCUCCGGGCUGCGGAACACCCGGAGUCAGCAACCUGCAUCCAAGGAUUCUUAAACGACCCUCAAGUUAAGUCUCGCUGGAAGCCUUAUCCAUCCUGCUGUAUUUCCUUUGUACAAGAGCGAAGAGUUGCUUUCCCGGCCGCCGGAACUCGCCAAGGCUGCUGCUCUCCCCCUGCCUUAGUCUACGGCGCCUCCACUCGCACCAAUAUGGCAGGUCCCUUGCUCUCUGUAGGGGCCGUGAAGGUGCUGUCACGCUGGCACUUUUUCCAUCAGUCUGUUGACAAUUUUAUGUAG